AUGUUCUAGUAUUAGGGAAACAUUCCUGGAAAUAAUAUAUCAGUGCCGAUAGAGCCGUGAUAGAGCGUUAUCGGGAAUAUUUGUUUCCGUGAAAUGAUUACGAAAAAAAUUCCAUGAAGUGAAAGUUAUUCGAGUGAAUUAGUGAUUAAUAUUUUAUUUUUGUUUCUUUUCGAAAAAUUUUAAAACCUACAACAGUAAUCGGUGAUUUGGAGUACUGGCGGAACGCAUCUAAAGGAUUAGCGGCGUAAAUAAUAAAGUUCACGUAUAUUACCGGCAUUGUGAUCAUUAUUCUCAUUUCGUGAAAAAAGGCACGAACAAAAAUCAGCAUGAAACUACAAAUCGCACUCUUCUUGACGCUAUUCGCAAUUGCGUAUACCUCACCUCUGCCACAGGCCAUCGAGGAUACGAAGCAUGAAGAGCCAGCAGCGCUUCCAGUGGAGACAGCUCCGACAGAAGUGGCACCGGUAGAAGCAGUACCAGCAGAGGCAGAGUCUCGCAAAGAAGAUACCCCAUCCGAAGAAAAGUCCGCACCCGCAACAACAGAGUCUGACAGCGAACGAACAACGGAACUGCCAGCUACGACAGUCGUUUCUGCCGAUCCCGCCCCCGAAGCAAAGGUUGAAAUAGCUGCUGACGAAACAAAGAAAGAAGAUGCUCUGGUUGUACCAGAUGUUCAAGCAGGAUUAGCGGGUAUUGCUGCUGAAGCCUCCGAAGCGGUUGCUGCAGCACCGGUAUCUGAAUUGAAAGAAGAGACAGUUCAGCUAAAAGUAAAUGAAGUUAAGGAAGACACAGCUCAACUCGAUUCAAGCGACGAUAAAGAUAAUACGGUUCAGCUGAAAUCAAGCGAGGCUAAGGAAGAUACCAUCAAGAUUGCCGAUGCCGUAGAACCCGCUGCUGUUGCUGCCGAUGAAACUUCUCGUGCUAUUCGCACAAUCGCGGAGGAAGAAGAAAAAAAGGAAGUCGUUAGCAAGGUUGAAGGAGAGACUGUCGACGCUGCGACCGUGGCAGCAGUUGUUGCUGAUAUUAAGGAGAAGGCCGUAGAAGUCCCUGAAGAAAAAGCUACACCAGCAGAAGAAAUAAAUGAAGCUGCAUCUACUCUCGAUACAGCAGCUGAAAAGAAGGUCGAACAGGAAGUCGUUGCUGCCACCACCACAGUGGAAACUAAGACAGAUGCCACUACCGUUCCUGCUGUUACAGUCAUUGCUGCUACUGCAAAACCAAAAUCGGACAGCUCAGAAGAAAGCAAAGAAAGUCAAGAAUCAGAUGAAAAGCCUUAAAUACUUCUUUGUAUUAUUGCCAACUCAUUGAAUCUGAGUGGAAAAGAAUGUGCCAACCGACCAUAACACCAUCUUUCUGUCCCAUCACAUCGCUAGAAGGUCUAUUAAACACUCAAACGAACCUUCUGUUUAUAACACUUCAACUUUUUAUAAUGGAGUUGAGUUUUAAUUGUAAUCUGGUCCCCAAAAAGAUUUAUUGAACAGAUGAACAUUCCAAAUUAGGUACAACGAGUUCUAUGAACGUAACAAAUUAUCGCCGUGAGUAGUGUUGUUAGCGUCUGUAGAUUAACGUUAGGAAAAAUUCAUUAUUCAAACAAAAUGAGGCAAUUUAGUUUACACCGCGCAAUCUUCAUCUGCAAUUCUUAGCAAUGUAAACACAAUAGAAUGAAAGCAGACGAGUUUAAUUUAAAGCAAAAGCAAUUUUAACUGCAUAAAUUGAGGCAAAGGCGUACACAAUAAUAUCGUGACAUUAGGGUACAGCAUUAGACUAGUGAAAUGCAGCAAACUUAACAAUCAUAAGUGUAAAAUGAAGCAAAUCAUAAUCUAAGACAUAUGAAGGCUUGUGAGUUUCAACCAUACAAGAGUCAUGUUAAGAAAACAACUGAUAGCGUUGCAGUUGUUGUAGGCACGUAGAAUGUGAAAUAGAAAACAAACCGAAUAGAACAAAAUUUUGGCAACAAUAGGGUAUUACAAGUAAGCAAAUGCUGAUUAAGAAGUUUUGAAAUUCCUCGUGAGCUCUCACAUUUAUAUGACCACAUGUGAAACAAUUUUAGGAACAACGUGUAUGAGAAUUAAAUAAAGCAUAAUUUAUUUACAAAUCGGGUUUCAAUCAAAA